AUGCAGGCUUUCCUUGAGUACUGCGCGCCAGCCAUGGCUGGUGAGAACGUAGCACGGCGUCUGCUGCCUCCACUUGAGUGUGCACUCAACCUGCUUGCUCAGAUGCCGGACAUUGUGCGCACCUUUGGUAAUCAUCUCUCUGCGCCUUCCGCUCUUGUUCGGCUGCGACUCUACCGUUGUCUCGCUCUCCUACCGCCCAGUGCAUAUUCCAGUCAGUUGCCUUCAUAUGGUCUUGUUCGAUUGAGUUUUUUUGUUCUAGAGUUCAGUUGGGUUUGA